ACGUGUAAUUAUACAGAGCUCAGAAACUUCACAGAACCAUCAAAAGACUUUUUUCAAUUCUUCUUUAUAAUUCCUCCUCCUUUUUUUUUUUUUUUUUUUGGUUGAAAAAUUUGAAGUUCUCUUCAAAAAGUGAAAGGAAGUGGUGAAUAUUAGCACGAGUUCUAUUUAGAGAAAGCAAGUAUUCUUAUGAAUAAGUUUUGGUUGGUGAGUGGUUGAUUAUAUUAGCUUUCUAGAACAUCGGCAACUAUGGCAAGUGGGCAUGAGAAUUCAGAGGAUCCGGUUACAAGUGUGAACGAAGAAAUGAUAUACGUUGCAGUGGGAACAGAUGUGAAAGACUGCAAAUCAAUCUUGUUAUGGGCUUUACGCAAUUUUGGAGGAAAGAGGAUUUGUAUCGUUCAUGUUCAUCGACCUGCACGGUGGAUCCCCAACGGUUUGGGUGGAAACCAUCCAGUAAGCUCAUUGGACGAAAGGAUUGUACGGGAUUACCGGAAAGCAGAAGGGAAAAUUAUGAAUGAGAUCCUAGAAGAAUACCUUUCUAUUUGUCACCGAGAGGGGGUACAAGCACAAAGAGUCUGGAUUGAAAUGGACGAUAUCGGGAAGGGAAUUAUAGAAUUCAUUUCUCGUGAUGGGAUUAAGGAGCUUGUAAUGGGAGGAUCAUUAGACAAGCAUUAUAAAGAGAAGAUGAGCCUCAGGUCUAAGAAAGCUAAAUAUGUGUGCAAACGAGCACCCCUUUCCUGUCGCAUACUAUUUAUCUGCAACAGUCGCCUUAUUUAUACCAGGGAGGAAAAAGCAAGUUCGGACACUAAAAAUGGACAAGCAAAGCACUUGAUACCACGAUCUAUUACUUGGGAGCAUGAUAGUGACAACACUGAAUCUGAAGCAUCAAACCACUCGAUAUCAAAUUCUGUAAAUUUGGGACAUAAUGGGGACAUCACUAAAGCUGUACCAUCAAAUUGCUUGAGAUCAAAUUCUGUUACGCUGGGUAAUGAAAGGGAAAAUGGUGGAAAGAGAAUGAUGGAUUUUCUUAUCAACGAAAGUAUAGAAGAGUGUUCAUCUCCAAAGAACAAGUUGGAUGUAGUGGUAGAAGGGAUUGGGAAUUUUGAUGAAUGGGAUGGAUCAAUCAUUAGUCCAGGUUCUGCUUGCCCGUCAUUCCCUCCCCAAAAAGUGGAUGAUUUAACACUGGCUUUGUGGAAUGCGAAUGGGUUAGACUUAAGCCCAAUUUCUUCAGCUUCAACUAAUUCAGCAAGCCCUUCUGCAUCUUCAUUAUUGCAACCAAGUCCGACAUUGACUUCAAGUGCAAGUACAACAUCAAUAUACUCAUCUAUUGGAUCUCGCAGUGCAGUGGAUGUAUCUCUUUAUGAGAAACUUCUACUACAAGUGAUAGAAGAGGCUGGAACUGAGGCACAGAUGCGUCGACAAGCCCAAAGAGAAUUGCUUGAGACCACACGCAUGUUCCAAGAAGAGGUGAAACAAAGGAAAGAAGUUGAGGAAGCACUAGUGAAAGAGAGAGAAGAACUUGAAAAGUUGAAGAAUCUGAAAGACCAAAUGAUGGAAGAACUUCGGAUUGCCAAUAAAGAAAAUAUAUUAUUAAAGAGCCAAAAUGAAGAGUUAGAAAAAAAGAGAGAUGAGUUGCAGAUUGAGCGUGACAAUGCAUUGCAAGAAGCUGAAGGGCUUAGAAGAAAACAAGUAGAGGCCUCUAGACAAGUGCCUAAGUUCUUUCUCUCCGAGAUUGAAGAAGCUACUCAAGGCUUUGAUGAAUCCCUUAUAAUUGGACGAGGAGGAUAUGGGAACGUUUAUAAAGGUCUCCUGGGUCAAGCCCAAGUUGCUAUAAAGACGCUACAAUCUAAUGGCAACCAAGGCCCCUUACAAUUCGAAAUGGAGGUUCGUGCGUUGAGUCAGCUGAGGCAUCCCAAUCUAGUCAGACUUAUUGGAUGUUGUUUGGAAACUUUUACGCUUAUCUACGAGUAUCUCCCCAAUGGAAGCCUUGAAGAUUGGCUCAACUGCAAGAACAAAAGUCCUCCAUUACCAUGGCAGACUCGAAUACGCAUCGCAAUAGAGUUGUGCUCUGUCCUCGUUUAUCUUCAUUCUAGAAAACCUCACAGCAUAGUACAUGGUGAUUUGAAACCCUCUAAUAUCCUUCUCGAUGCAAACUUUGUGAGUAAACUUAGUGACUUUGGAAUAUGCCGUAUAUUAUGCCAUGAAAGAAGUUCAGGCAACGACACAACACUAUGUCAUCUUACUCAACCAAUGGGCACUGUUCCUUACAUGGAUCCUGAGUUCCUUGUUUCAGGAAAGCUUACUAGGAAGUCAGAUGUUUACUCGUUUGGACUCAUAUUACUACAAUUGUUGACUGGGCAGAGACCAGACCUCACGAUAGCAAUGGAAAUGCAAGUUGUCAUAGAUACUGAAAAUUUGUCAUCCCGCUUGGAUCCUUUGGCUGGAGACUGGCCAAUUGAGAUUGCUCAAAACAUUGCUCAAUUGGCCUUGAAGUGUUGUGACAAGUACCGAAAGAAUCGGCCAGUCCUUGGGUCAGAUCAUGUCAAGAGUUUACUUGAACCAAUGUUGGUAGUACAAGGCUUUGAAGAGACGGCUGGACUAGUAGGCAUGACACUUCACGCAGAAUGAUUCUAAGUUUGCACACUGCACUUAGGAGCUGGUUAAAUAAUCGCAAACUCAUAAUCUUAAGCAAGGUGAGUGUUCUUCCCAUGAAUUCUUUCUUUGUUUAAUAGGAUUUACAUGAGUUUCUUAACAUAGUUUUAUAUUUGUUUUAUUUGAUUUGUUUGUUGAUCUUAAUUCUUUUGAUAUGUGUUAAUAUGAUUUUGGGCUGAUUAUAAUCUGUUUUUGUUGUUUUUGUUUUAUUAUUUUGGUUUUAUGUAAAGUUUAACAUGUUUAUUAAUUUUAUGUUAGUUUAGUAUACUUAUUUGAUUUUGUUUCAUGUUUAUUUGCUUCUAUUGGUGUUUGUUUUAUUUACUUCAUGUUAGUUUAGUGUUUAGGGUUUCUAACACACUUAUUUGAUUUCACAUGCUAUAUCUUUGUUUUAUUAAAUCUAUAACAAUGUGAUUUAUCGUUUCUGUGCUAAAGGAUGCGUAUGUAUCAUUGAGUAUGCGUGCGCAUUGUUUCGAUCAUGCGUAUGCAUAGUUGAGUAUGCAUACGCACUUCGAACUUAAAUUUGACAAAAAUAUUAUUUUUAUUGUUUUAAUCAUUUUUCAUAUGUUCUUUGAUUUUGUUUGACUUUGUUUAGGUUAGUCAAUUGUGUUUAAUUAUUUUCCAUGUUUGUUUGAGUCUUUUUGCCAUGUUUGGGUUGUUUGUGAUAUUUUUCAUUUUGUGUUUGUUUAUUUGUUAUCCUUUCAUUUUUUAAUAUAUUUGUUUGAUUGUGUUUCCUUUUAUAUUUAUUAGGACAUAUGUGAAUCAUGUUAGGAACAUAUGUCAUUAUAGAAUUGACUAAUCCUUUGAUAAAAUGCACUUUACUUGUAAUUGGGUAGAUCUAGGAUGUGUUUAAUACUUCAAGGAACAAGAUUCCAAGUUCAAGUGUUAAAGCCAUGCAAGUUUGUUCAAGAAUUAAGUGAAGAAGUGCUAGAUUUUAAAGCUCAACAGCUAGUAUCUAUUGAGGUUUAAAAGACUGUUUAACCCUGAUACUUGACAGCUGCUCGAUAUAUAGGGUAUCUAUCGAGAUUUUAAAAAGUCAAAUUUUUAGUUCUGAUUUCACACCAAUCUAUGUAUACAUGUUCAUGAUUUUUUUUCUCACAACCCUAAACAUAUAUAAGGAUUAUUUUAAGGGACGUCAUAGAUGAUGCAAGUGAGUGCAACUUGAUGCAAAUGUUUUUUACAAGCAUAUUGUGAUCCAGAGACAUAUGCCCUAGUUCAUCUUUUUCUUCAAGAAGCUGCUGUGUUUGUACACCGUAGGGUUUUGUAACCAAGGAACUUCGUGAUCUUCAUCGGUGUGAUGAACUGAAGAACUUCGUAGCCAACAUCUUUCUCAAGUUGGUAUGUAAGCCACGUACUGAGAUCUGUGCAUCGAUUGGUUAGUCAUUACUAGGAACUAUGCGUUAAAAAGGAGAGAUUGUCAUUAUAGAACAAGUUCAACUGUAGGUUGCUAUAAGGUACUGUGAUUCCUUUACUUGUAACCGCUUGUUGUUAUAAUAGUAGAUUCUCGGGAAUGGUGAUCUUAAAAUCACCCGGUUGGGUUUUUGCCGUAUAGGUUUUCUCCAUUUGAAAACAAAUCACCAUGUCAACUUUAUUUUCCACUGUAUAUUAACUUAGUUGGUGAUUUGCUUGUGCUACCACGCGUAUUGCAUGUUAAUUAAUUCACUUGGCUAAUUAAUUGGUUAAUUUAUCACAAGGGGUCAAUACAAUCUUGGCCUAUCAAGUGGUAUCAGAGUAGGCACAUUCUGAUUAGGUUUUAAUCUUUGCUGUGUGAUUCAUUGACCCCUAUUUGUCAUGGAUAGAGGACAGUCUCUUAUUAUACCUCCUUUAUUUGAUGGCACUAACUAUGUAUACUGGAAAGUAUGCAUGAGAGCUUUCUUGUAGUCAUUAGAUAAGAAAGUGUGGCAAGUUGUAGAGAUAGGCUGGAUCAAGCCUAAGGAAGUGCCGGCUGAUUGGGAUGAUGCUAAGAUCAAGGUAGCUAACUUCAACAGCAGGGCAUUGAAUGCGUUAUUCAAUGCGGUCACAAAAGAGGAGUUCAAAAAGAUAUCCUCUACUGAAACUACUAAGGAAGCAUAGACCAUCCUCCAGACAACCUAUGAAGGAACUAAGGUUGUUAAGGAUUCGAAAUUUCAGAGGCUUACUACAAGUUUCGAAGAGAUUGAGAUGGAGGAGGAUGAGUCAUUUGAUGAGUUCUAUGCCAAGCUUAAGGACAUAGUGAACUUAACCAUUAAUCUUGAAGAAACCAUUCCUGAACCUAAGAUUGUUAGAAAAGUGCUCAGAUCUCUACUCGAGAGAUUUUAUGCCAAUAUCACUGCGAUUGAGGAAUCAAAGGAUAUUGACAAAAUUCCUUUGAUAGAGUUGGUUAACAAUCUGCAGACCUAUGAGUUGGGUUUGACAAGGAUUAGGAAAUCUAGUAAGGGUAAGAGCAUGACUUUGAAAGCUAAGAGUAGUGACAUUGAUGAGUCUUCAGACGAUGAAGAGUCUAAGAUGAAAUCCUAUAUCAUUAGGCAAUUCAAAAAAUUUAUGAAGAAUGUUAAUGCCAAAGGAUUUGACAAAGACCGCAAGCAAUUUGUUUCGUCUCAGUUCAAGAACUAAGACAAAGGAAAGACAGAUGCUAGGGAUGGCAAUCAGUACAUUGUUCCCUUAGGACCAAAGUGUUUUGGGUGUCAAGGUUUCGGUCACAUGAAACAAGAGUGCCCUACAUAUCUCAAGACCAUUAGGAAAAGUAAGAUACUUGCUGCUACUUUGAGCGACAUCGAGCUUGAGGAUGAUUUAGACAAUAAAAAUGAUGGAAUCCUAAAUGCCUUCACUGCCACUGUAAAUCCUAUUGAGGGAAUUGUUGAAGAUGUGGAUGAUGAAGUGGACUUGGUGGACUCUAAGUUUGAGAAAAUGGAUGAUCAAGAUGUUAUCCAUACAACCUAUGAAAAGUUGUAUAAAGUUUCUGAGAAGCAUGAGAAAUUAUAUAGGCUGGCCCAAGAAGCUGAGUGAUGUGGAACUUGAUCGAGAAGAGCUUUCCAUAAAGUUUGAUGAAGCCAAUCAGACCAUUGAAGCACUACGAUUUGAGAACAACUUCUUGGCUAAGAAAUGAUUGCAAACAUGUUUUCUAGGAGAUGUGGGAGUUAUAAGAUGUACCUCGUAGGUGAUAGUCCCCAUCAAGCAGUUAUGAUUGUGUUAAAAGCAAAAAGAAUCAAAAUGAUUGUAAGCGUGUUUUCUAGGAGAUGUGAGAGUUAUAAGAUGUACCUUGCAGAUGAUAGUCCCCAUCAAGUAGUCAUGAUUGUGUGUGAGUUAAAAUGAUUUUCUCAUAUCUCAAAUCGUCAUAACAUGUAGACACUCAUGCAAUCUUGUGGUGUUUUUCACAUAUAACACACAAUAUUCUUUGUUGCUCUUGAUACAUGUGCAGGUACAAUGUGAUUUGGCUAUCAUAAGGAAUACAUGUGUUAAUGUAUACUCACUAAACUUUCUAGACUUGUUUUUGAAAUAUAAAAUUAGUUAAACUCGUUUAAUGUGUAUGUGUGUGUUUUGGAUCUAAAUGCUUGACAUUUUUCUUGAUGAGAGAUGUUUUUGAGAGCUUAAAAUGUUGUUUGGAUCUUUGGUUAUGUUGCAUGCUUGAUUGCAUUCAUUUCUGUGUUUUUCUCUUAUUUGAAAAACUAUUUUAAACAAUCUCGACAGUUGUUGGACACCUCUCGAUAGCUAGGCUAUCUACCGAGUUCUUCAGCUUCUUUUCUCGAUAGCUGCUAUCGUAUUUUCGAUCCAUCGAGCUUUUUGAGAAUUUGUCUCGAUAGCUUCUCGAUCCAUCGAGGAAGUUUCUGUAUGCUCGAUAGCUUCUCGAUCCAUCGAGCCCCUUUUGUUGUGGACACAUUUGGAUAGCUUCUCGAUAGAUGUAUUUGUCGAACUUUAUAUCUUGACACCUUUCGAUACCUCUCGAUCUAUCGAGAAUUAUGGAUUUCUAUAUAAAGAGUCAGCGCAAUUUCUACUUCAUUUUUCUCGAUCUCUUUUGAUCCUUUCUGUCUUCUCACCUUCCCAAACUCUUCUCUCUCACUCCAAACCUCUUCCCUAAGUGUUCUUUGGUCUCAAUAGCAUUUUCUUCCUCUAAUAUGUCUCUUAUUCAUUUAUUUAUCAUGCAUUUCAUCUUUUGUGACCUAACUUUUGGGGUUUUUCAAAAUUAAAGAAGUUUUUGCAAAAUUUUUGGGAUGGGUUUUGUUCAAAUGAUCCUAAAUGUUCAUGCAUUGCAUUACAUUUGCAUUUUAACUUUAUUUUCAUGCAUUAUAGAUGUGUACUAUAUAUGUUGAAUUCAUGUGUGCUGGUAGGAUUGGAUUGGGCUGAGCCCAUAAUGUUUUUACUAUUGAAUAUCACAUGCUCAUGCAUUUUUCAUGCAUACGAACCUUCAUUUCUUUAUAUUCUUAUAUUGAUCUGUGUUGGUGCUUUUUUAUUUGUCUCUCUCUCUUUCUAUGUGUUAGCUUGCUCCAUGGCACCUAAGCGUAAAUCUGCUUUGUCCCAGAACUCUCUUCGUUCUGGGGAAUCUUCCUCUGAUUCUACCCCCUCCCAUGUUAGAUUCCAUGAUGAGAAGGCCAAGUCGGACUUCUCGGAGAACUUUUCACGAUGCGACAUUCAUUCGGAACGCCAAGUCAUUCUAUCGGACUUUUUCGAUACUAACUUUCCCACUGUCAUCUACAGUAAGGGUUAGGAAUCACUGUGUGGCAUCCUGAUCACUUGUCCUUUCGUGAUCAUACAGGAGUUCUACUCCAACAUGCACAGAUUCGACUAUCCAGUACCUUAUUUUAUCACUCGCAUUCAAGGUAUGCGCAUCGUAGUCACUCCGAAUGUUUUAUCCGAGGUGCUACAUGUUCCUAGGGUAGCGCAUCCUAACUACCUUGGCUGCGAUCGUAUGAGGACUGUGUCCAAAGACGAACUCUCGGCUCUUUUUUUUUCUAUGAGACACCUUCUUCUUGGGGUGACCGUCAAAACACCCUUUGCUCGGACUUUGCAAAAGGUCCGAGGUUUCUUAACAUGGUGAUGACAUUUGUUCUUCAUCCUUUGUCUCACUAUAACUCUAUCACAGAGCCUCGUGCUCAAUUUUUGUUGUCCUUUCUUGAGAGGCUUACCAUAGAUUUUCCCUCUCACUUCAUCCUUUCCCUUAUAGAUGUCUAUAAGGAUACGACGACUUGUGAUAAGCUCAUUUUUCCUUCAGCUAUCACGAGGCUUCUUCACCAUUUUUCUGUCUCCUAUCCCGAGUCUCCUUAUUUUACGGUUAUGUGUGUUAUAGACGCUGCUACUGUUAGACGGAGUGAGACCUAGCUUUAACUGAGGCGGCCAUGGAUUGAGACGGUGACUCCUUUAGCUUCUUCCGCUCCAUCCACCUCUGUUCCUUCUUUUGUGAGUGGAGUGACUUUCGAGGCCAUCAUGGCACAACUUAUGUGCAUGGAUGCUCGCCUUGACACUCUAAGUGAUGAGUUGUGUCAGGUUAGCACCCGUGUUGGUCGUAUCACACGACGACAGGCUGUCAUGGGUGGUUUUACUGCUUCUUCUUCUCCAUCUCCACUGGCUUCAGAGGAUGAGAAUGAUAAUGGCUCUGGUAGUAAUGAUGUUGAUGAGGACAAUGGUGCUAGCUCUUCCAGUGAUGAUGAGAUGACUGCUUGAGUUACUUUCCCUUUGUCGUUCGUGAAAAAAAGGGGGAGUAGUUUUGGGUAUGAGAGUAGUCAUAUACAUAGGGGGAGAGUUAGUAUAGGAGAUUUUUGUUAGGGGGAGUGUUUUUCUUUUUGAGGGAUGUAGUGAGGACUAAUGUAUUUUUUUUUCUUACUUUAUAAAUACAUUGUUCUUACUUUGUGAUAGCAAACCUUGUACUUAUGAUGCUAUAUAUAUGAUAAGGUUGCUAUUACAAUUCUUUCACCUA